AAACUGUCACAAAACUCUCUGAAAUUUCCGUCACUUUCUCGAGAACAUAACAAAAGGGAAAAGAAAGUAAAGAGGGGAGGAAUCACUUCCUAUGGGCCGAAACUCGUCUCCUCCGAGACUAGACGGCAAUGGCAACGAAAAUGGAAAAAACAACGCCAUUAACAACAGCAGUGAUAUCAACAACAAUAAUAACGAUCAAGGACUCUACUCGAUCCGCGAUCGGUUCCCUCUCAAAAGAAAUCCUGGCCAAAGUCGGGACCGAAAUAAACAAUAUUCUCUCCUCGAAAGGCCUCUAGUUCGAAACCGCGCCCGGUUCAACCGGAAAGGAUUAUUGCACUUCCCCUUUCGAGGCAUUUAUUUGUUUUAUUUCUUGAUAUUUUUCUCCGUCGUCGCUUUUGCUGUUGCAUCAAUGGUGAUGCAGAGUUCGAUUACGGUGAUGUUAUUUAAGCAAGGAGGGGAGAGGAGUUGGAGGAGGUCUAUUAGAGAAGGGUUGAGGUUCGGGAGCUCGUUGAAGUUUAUGCCGGCAGGGAUCUCGAGGUUGCUCGCCGAAGGUGGUGGACUUGAUCCGAUAAGAUCGACUGAUAGGAUUGGAAUUCGCCGCCCAAGACUUGCCGUUAUUUUGGGGAACAUGAAGAAGAACCCUCAAUCAUUGAUGCUUGUGACCGUGGUAAAGAGUCUUCAGAGGCUUGGCUACGUAUUUAAGAUUUAUGGAUUAGGAAGUGGCGAAGCACGUGCAAUUUGGGAGAACCUAAAUGUUCAGUUUUCAUUUUUAGGUCCAGAGCAAUUUGGUCAUAUUGAUUGGUCUCUGUUUGAUGGUGUUAUUGCUGAUUCUCUUGAAGCAAAAGAAGCUGUCUCAAGCCUUAUGCAGGAGCCUUUUAAUACAGUACCACUUAUAUGGAUAAUUCAAGAAGAUACUCUGGCAAAACGACUUCCUGCCUAUAAGGAGAUGGGGUUGGAUCAUCUUGUUUCUAAUUGGAAAAAUACUUUUUCCAGGGCCAAUAUUAUUCUGUUCCCUGAUUUUACACUACCGAUGUUAUAUAGCAUGCUUGACACUGGAAACUUCCAUGUAAUUCCUGGAUCACCUGUGGAUGUGUGGGCUGCAGAAAGUUACAGUAAGACCCAUGCAAAGCAUCAGUUAAGGAAAGACAAUGGGUAUAGCAUGGAUGAUAUGGUGGUUCUUGUUGUUGGAAGUUCUUUCUUUUAUGAUGAGUUAUCGUGGGACUAUGCUGUUGAAAUGCAAACUAUCAGACCUCUCCUUAUGAGAUUUGCAAGGAGAAAUGAUGCGGAAGGGCCAUUUAAAUUUAUUUUCUUGAGUGGCAACUCCACUUAUGGAUAUAAUGAUGCUUUACAGCAAGUUGCAUCACGGUUAGGACUUACUCAAGGCUCUGUUAGGUGUUAUGGCUUGGAUGGUGAUGCCAAUGGAGUUUUAUUAAUGGCUGACAUUGUUAUUUAUGGCUCCUCCCAAGAAGAACAGGGUUUUCCUCCAUUAAUUAUCCGAGCCAUGACCUUUGGAAUCCCUAUCAUCACACCUGAUUUUCCUAUCAUAAAAAAAUAUGUGGCUGAUGGAACCCAUUGUGUUUUAUUUCAAAAACAUAACCCUGAUGCUCUAUGGAGGGCUUUCUCACUUUUGGUAUCGAAUAGCAGACUGUCUAGAUUUGCUGAAACAGUUGCUUCUUCUGGAAGACUGCUUGCUAAGAACAUUCUGGCGUCUGAAUGCAUAACUGGUUAUGCGAGCGUUCUGGUGAAUAUACUUUAUUUCCCAUCAGAUGUUUUGCUGCCAGGUUCUGUUUCUGAACUUAAGCAGGGAUCCUGGGAGUGGAAUCUUUUCAGGAAGGAAAUUGAACACAGCAAUGUAGAUAUUUCCGUAGAUUCUAGUGUUGUUCUUGCCCUUGAGGAGGAAUUCACCAAACAUAUUGUUGACAAGUCUAAGAAUAGGACUGAGAUUCAGGAUCAGGAUGCCCUUACCGGACAAGACCUGGAUUUUGUGACAGAAAUAGAUAGCUUUGAAGAUUACGAAAGACUUGAAAUGGAGGAGAUUAAUGGAAGAACGGAGAGCGACCUUGGUGUAUGGGAUGAGAUAUAUCGAAAUGCUCGGAAAUCUGAGAAACUGAGGUUUGAAGUAAACGAAAGAGAUGAGGGAGAGCUAGAAAGAACAGGUCAAACUGUAUGCAUUUAUGAGAUCUAUAGUGGAGCUGGGGCAUGGCCAUUCUUGCACCAUGAAUCGUUGUACCGUGGGCUAAGCCUUUCUAGAAGAGCAAGGAGGUUGACAUCAGAUGAUGUGGAUGCAGUUGGCCGACUUCCACUUUUGAAUGACACUUACUAUAGGGAUUUAUUAUGUGAAGUUGGAGGAAUAUUCUCCAUUGCAAAUAGGGUGGAUAGCAUUCACAGGAGACCUUGGAUUGGUUUUCAAUCAUGGCACGCUGCUGGUAGGAAGGUUUCAUUGUCCACAAAAGCUGAAAAAGUUCUAGAAAAAACAAUACAAAGAAGUAAAGAUGUAAUGUACUUUUGGGCGCGCCUUGAUUUUGAUGGUGCAGGUGAAGGAAGCAAUGAUGCACUUUCAUUUUGGUCGAUGUGUGAUAUAUUAAAUGCUGGACACUGCAGAAUUGCUUUUGAAAAGGCCUUCCGCAAGAUGUAUAACUUACCAUCGGAUAUGGAAGCACUUCCUCCCAUGCCCCAUGACGAAGGCCACUGGUCUUCCUUACAUAGCUGGGUGAUGCCAACCAAGUCCUUUUUGGAGUUUGUUAUGUUUUCACGGAUGUUUGUUGAUUCUCUUGAUGCCUUGCAUUCCAAUUCUAGUGAGCCCAGUAUAUGUUUGCUGGGCUCAACAUAUCUCGAGAAAAAACAAUGUUACUGUCGGGUAUUGGAACUUUUGGUCAAUGUCUGGGCUUACCAUAGUGGGCGGAGGAUGGUCUACAUCGAGCCGCUCUCUGGUUUGCUUGAAGAGCAGCAUCCGGUUGAACAACGGAAAGAAUUUAUGUGGGCUAGAUAUUUUAAUUUCACAUUAUUAAAGACCAUGGAUGAAGAUCUAGCUGAGGCUUCAGACGACGAUGACAAUCCGAGGAAGAUGUGGUUGUGGCCGUUGACGGGAGAAGUACAUUGGCAAGGAAUUUACGAGAGGGAGAGGGAAGAAAGAUAUCGGUUGAAGAUGGAUAAAAAGAGGAAAACUAAAGAGAAACUGUUGGAAAGGAUGAAGAAUGGGUAUAGGCAGAGACCACUUGGAUUAUAGGAUACGUAGAAGCUGAUUCAGAUGUUCAUAUUCUAAGUCUAACCUAGAAUCACCGAACUCCUAACACGGAUACCAAACCCAUAUUCCUUUUUCUCAAACCGGGAAGCCGGAGAAAAGUGUUGCCGGCAAGAGAAGGCGAGUUAAAUCUAACUGGAGACAUUUUAUUCUUCCAAUUCUUUUUUAUAAAGUAAAUUGCUUUUCAGAAGCAGAAGUUAAACAAAAACAGCAUCCCGGUGUUUUCAUGGUUCGCAAGUGAUUCAAGCCAAUUUACAUGGUUAUCUCCGGUGGCAUAGUGGGUUUUUGGUUAACAGGGUGACGGUUAUGGUAAUUCUUUUUCACACCACAGCAACAUUCAGUUCAGUGAUGCGUCUUUUUAUCUCUCCUCUUUCACUAACUUUUUGAUCGUUCAUGGGCAAUUUUUAUCAGUUAUAAUUUAGUUUCGACCGAGGCUUUGCUAUUUGUUUAUUUCUUUGAUAGCUUUUUAAAAAGCAAAUUUUAUAUUCGGAUUAUUGAAGAAAGUAUUUUCCA